AUGAAGUACGUCGUCAUUUUUUGGUUAGUUGCUACUGUAGCAGCUCUACCAUCUACAGAGAAAGAUGCCCUUAUACAACUAGGCAAUGAUAGAGAUGGUGCCGAUGUUGCGGCUGGGCCAGGUAUAAAUCCCACAACGAUCGGAUCUUUUAAUCAGCAAUCGAAUAUUCAUAACCUCGAGAACCAAGAAAAGGAUACAGAGAAUCUUCACGAAAAAGAAAACGAAGAAGAAAGAUUUGAAGAAUCAGUUCAGCCAAAUCUAGUAAAUGGCGAAAAUCUAUAUACCAAUGCUGCCAUAGAGCCAGAACCAAUAGUUGCAAUACCUAGCCCGGUAUAUGAAGACGCAUAUGUACCUGUCCCAUUCAGACGGCCAUCCAUUUUCUCAGGAUUAUUUUCUUUUCUUCCUUCAUGGAUUACAUCGUUUCCCUCUAAAUGGCCUUUCAAAAAACCGAUUUUUAACCGAGCAUCUAUAUUAUAUCCAGAAUAUUAUCCUGAUGAUGAGAUUGAUCAAAUUAUUUUCUAG